AUCCUGUCACAGGUGAUGUCACAAAUAAGUUUAAGAAACGCACAGCUCUAACCAAAAAAAUUCACAAAACCGGUUCACGAGCUACCGUGCUGCACCUGCCAUCCCUGUCUCCUCCUGUUUUGAUUUUGUUUUUCUUUCGUGCUUCCGAUGUGUUACAAAGCACCUGCUCAACAGUUCGUGUUCUUACAAGCAGUCUGCUACUUAGUUCCAGAGUCAGACUCAGUCAGCAGUGGCCCGCUGCAUGAAAUAGGUCUACGCAAGGUCUACUUUUGGUUAAAACUAAAAUCAGCCUGUGUAUGAAUGUUUUUCUCUGAGGUAUUCGUAGACCGGAGCGCGAAGUUUCCACUCGCACUGGGAAACCCCUUCCCACAAAUCCCUGUUCUAGUCACUCGCGAACCUGUUUGAGCUGCGGGAUGCGAGGGAGUGUGUGUGUGUUGGGGGAAGGGGAGAAACGAGGGAAGGGCUGAAGAGCAUGUGGGAAGAGGAUGGAGGUUGGUGAGGAGGAGGAGAGCUGACGCCUUCACCUAAAACCUGCUGCCCCUGCGCAGUAUCACUCAUCAUCCACCGCCACUGCUCUCUCGAUCAUAAACCGUCGUGGCUGCUCCGUUUUUUUCCCUGCCUCCCGCGCUCUCUCUCUCUCACGGAUGGUGCUGGUGGUGCGGAGAGUGUUGCCUUGACUGACUACAGCAAAUUUUCGAGCUCAUCAGGUUUUGCUGCCGCAGCAUUGGGCUCCCUGCCCCCGAGGCGCUAACAGUGUCUUCGUGUUUCAGUUUUCAUCCUCGCAGGACUUAAAUACAUUUUCAGGCAGCGUGACGGACCAUCAGUCCUGCUGCGACACCGUCUCCUCACCUGCCAAACACUCAACGGUUUCUGGAUCCUCUCCACCUGUGUACCUGUUGCUGUGACGAGCACCCAACUCACCCCAAAGGUGGGGACGUUCGACUCUGGUCCGAUGUUUCUGAAGGUUGUACCUUCGCGUCACAAACGCAGAGACUCGGGUAGACACGGGUAGACGGUAAUCAAGACCGGAAGUGCCUGAACUGCACGUUGAAGGACUUUCACACACACAGAGGGAGGAGUGUAGAUGGUCCCGAGGGUACUAUGAACUAACCCUGCCUAGUUGUACUACAUUUCUGCCACCAAUGUGAAGUCUGCUUCGGAAACCUUUGACAUUUCCAGGUCGGUAUAAACCGCUUGUCCACUGGCAAGAGAAAUAAUUUCAAGUGGAUUAUUGUUCCCUGCGUCUGACAAGAGGCGUUCUUCAAGCCAUCCUGAAAAGUAAUAACAGCCUGAUCACAUGUCAACACUUCACGAGAUUUGAAAAGUGAACUGGAGAACAUUCAGCAGCUCCAUUUCUUUAGUCAGGACGAAGCAACAUAUAUAUAGAUCGUUCCACCGCUACCUGUCGCGUGAGGUGUGUUCCAGUAACCACAGCAACAGCAGAAACAAAUACUAGUAGCUCUACAGGCUACCAUGGGGUGUGUGUCUAGUAUACCGAUAUGCCAACAGUGCGCUAAGAAACGGAGCUCGGACGCCGUCCUCACCAACAUUAACACCACGACGACGCCGGUAGACGUUGCCAGUCAUCCCCGCUACGACAGGACUACAGACAUCGGUCGUCGCAACACCGCAGCCUUCCCUAAUGAUGUCUCCCUCGUCUCCUCGGACAUCAGAGAGCCUGACCCAGCCCUCGACAAAGACGUGCUGCGAGUUGAAAACGUCGACUUUAAGGUCAAAGAGAACACACGCGCCCACAACACUUUCGAGUAUGACAUCGCGGAAACUGAGGACCCCAAGUUGGUCAUUCGCCGAGGGCAGCCAUUCAGCGCCGUCUUCACCUUCUCCAGACCCUACAACGCCGAGCAGGACGACCUGAGGCUCGUCUUUCAGAUCGGUGACCGGCCCAUUGUUAGCAAGGGAACCCAUGUAGAGUUUGUCCUCUCCGACAAGGAUGAGCCCAACCAGUGGGGGGCGAAGAUCGACAGUCAGUCAGGCAAUACUGUCAAUGUGACCUUUUUCACACCACCUGACUGCAUUGUGGGCAAAUGGAGCUUCAAGGUUGAUGUUGUGCGUAGAACAGACAACCAAACUUCUGUGUUCCGCUACAACUACAAGGACCCAAUCUACAUCCUCUUCAACCCAUGGUGCAAAGAGGAUGCUGUCUACAUGGAAAAUGAAGCAGCAAGAAAGGAGUAUGUUUUGAGGGACACGGGCAAGGUCUUCACUGGCACCACUGACCGUAUCACAGGCAAGCCAUGGGCUUUUGCCCAGUUUGAUGGCAAGGUCCUGGAUUGCUGCAUUUAUUUGUUAGAAAAUUCAGACAUAAAUAUUGCAGUUCGAGGCAACCCAAUCCCUGUUGCACGCAAGCUGACUGCUAUGAUCAAUGCACAAGAUGAAGGAGGCGUACUGGCAGGAAACUGGUCAGGUGACUACUCAGGUGGGAAAUCACCACUAUCCUGGUCGGGCAGCCGGCCAAUCCUGGAGCUGUACUAUGCUCAGAAAUCCACAGUCAAAUUUGGGCAGUGUUGGGUUUUCUCUGGUGUGUUGACCACAGUGUUCAGAGCUCUUGGCAUUCCUGCUCGCAGUGUCACAAACUUCGCGUCAGCCCAUGACAGUGACACAUCAAUUACGAUUGAUUCUCACUUUAAUGCUAAUGGCGAACCAAUGGAGCAUAAGAAUGUGGACUCUGUAUGGAAUUUCCAUGUUUGGAAUGAAGCUUGGAUGGCAAGACCUGACCUUUCACCCGGCUAUGGCGGCUGGCAAGCUUGUGAUGCUACCCCCCAGGAGACAAGUGAUGGUGUUUACUGCUGUGGACCUGCAUCUGUCCGUGCAAUCAGGGAAGGUGAGGUCAACCUCCCAUAUGAUGGCCCCUUCGUCUUCGCAGAGGUGAAUGCUGAUAAAGUUUAUUGGAGGCUGAACAAGAUCACAGGCAAAGAUGAAGUUGUCCAGAUUGUUGAAAAUGUUGUGGGCAAGAAUAUCAGCACUCUUGCACUGGGUAGUGAUGAAAGGGAAGACAUCACAAAGUACUAUAAGCCUCCUGAAGGAAGCGCCGAAGAGCGUGUUUCUGUGAGAAGAGCCAAUCUGCUUGGGUCUAAGCUUCAUAACAUCUACACCUCUGGACCAGAGGAUGUAAAGGUUGAAGUUAGUUUUGACACGGACACCUUUGUUGGCCAAGAUGUUAUGGUGAAGCUUCAAGCUACCAACACUAGCAAAGAGCAGCGAACAUUGGAUGGGCUCAUGACAAUCAGUACUAUGUACUACACUGGUGUUGUGGACAGAGAUGACCGUGUAGGGCAGGAAAAUAUUGAACAUUGCGUGCUGCAGCCCGGAGAGACCAAGGAUAUCCUGAUGACUUGCCACCCACAGGGCUAUCUUAAGAAACUCAAAGACUGCUGCAUGUUCAGUGUAACAGCCAUGACUACGGUCGGGGAGACCAAGCAGUGUUUUGUCAACCGAACUGAGCUUCGCCUUCGCAAGCCCCAUAUCAACAUCAAGGCACCAGCUAAAGGAACUGUGGGGACAGAAAUUGCUGUGGAAGUGUCUUUCACAAAUCCUUUGAAGGUCUCUCUCACCCACUGUUACCUGGAAGUGGAGGGGCCAGGGUUGACUGAGAAUCAGCGAAUUCCACAAGGUGAUGUGCAAGCCAGUGGUACAUUCAUAGCAUCCUUCAAGAUCAAGCCACAGAAGACUGGUGAGCGUGAACUCAUUGUCAACUUUAACUGUGACCAGCUGGAAGACGUUAAUGGCUCCUGCAAGAUCACAGUCUCAUAGGAAGGAUACACACCUCCUGAAUACAUUCACAGCCCAUUCAGAGUAAAACCUGGGAAAGCCCAGGGUGUGAAUAAACUGAAGCCAUGCUGAUUUCCUACACAACUGUGAUGUAACAAUUUGAUAUCAUAGCAAGGCUUUAGGAUCCUUUGCUUUUUGGCAAAGGCUGAGAACUAUUGCUAACAUCUAGUGAUAUUAUUUGAUUUGGAUUCAGCAGCUAUGGUCUAUUAGACUAUGGUCUGAUGUUUUGCAGCAGUGCCUUAGCUUCAGUUCGGUGCAUAUGGUAUACACUUUGCAAGCUUCCAUUCUAACACAUUUCAACUCAUUUCAUAAUUCCAGAAGGAAUUCAUUGAAUGACCUUUAAGCAAUGCCUGUCAUGAUAAUGAAUUGUAAAAAAUUAUAAAUAUCAAAGUAACAACAUACUGUUCUUGUGAUUCAUCAACACCAUAUCUGGCAAAAUUUAAUAGUUUAUUAAAUCUUGAAGGAAUGCAUUUGAAAUGAACACUAAUUCUACAAUUCACCGAGUGUACUUGCAUAAUUUUCCACCAUUAUGUACCCAGUAUUUAAUUCAUACUUAAAAUGCUGCUUUUUCUCUUCCUUGUUGAGCCAGCUAGGUGUGUUUCAGAAACUCUGAGUUCUCAUGAGGUCUUUUUCUUUUUUCGCUUAAAUGCUUUUGUAAUUGUCAAGUAAGCAGGUAAUUAAUAUACUUUCACUUUUCUUUAGUGUCUUAAGCAUAAACUAAGAUAAAAGUAUAUCAAAGAUCACUUAUACUCUGAUGCUUGUAUUAAAAUAUUAAAGCUUACUGCACUGGGGGGGUCAUUACAAUAAAUACUGUUUAGGAUAAGUUUUCAGAGACAUCUCCAGAUUUAUUGUUUAACAUCUGGUUACAUUGUAAACUGUUUAUGUUACAGACUGAUAUACAUGGAUUAUAAAAGGAAUGUAACAUUGAAAUUGCCUAAAAUAGGAAUUUUCUUGUGGUUUAUAUGUUCAGUGGCUAGCAAAUAUUAUUUGUUUUUUUAAUUAUGAUCGAGUUUGAUCAAAAAGUGCCAAUAUAGUCUUGUACUGGUUUAAGUGAAAUGAUUUGUUACAAAACUUGACGAUAAUAAUCCUGAUGAUUAUUACCACAUGAUACCUGCAUUUGAACAAAAGUAUUAUACAUACAUGUCCAUACACCCUGCAGAGGUAUUUUGUCCUUUCGUGAUGCAAAUGUUACAAUAUAAAAUGUGAGUAAAUUACACCUUUUCCUUUUCUUCAGCUGCAGCAGUAUUCUACCUGUUGAUUUAGUCAGGGGAGGGAAGUUUGAAGGGUAGUUACACAGUUACCUUUGUUUCUUUGACAUAAUAUUAAAGAAGGCUUGUGUAUUUUCUUGGACAUAAUUUUUACAUGUUGUAUCACUUAUAUAUCUGUACCUUCUAGUAAAUUAUCAUAAUCUUUUAUUACCAAGCUGUUUAUAUGUGGUGUUUAUCCACAUGGACAAACAAAACAAAAUUAUAAUAUUGAUAAUAUUGUUAUUGUUGGUACCGUAAGUAAUCUCUCCUUAAUAUUGAUUGCAUAAUGAAUUCUUCAUGUGAACUUUUUUAAUGAGAAUAAAAAACUCUUCAUUUCUCUGAAUUAUGCUGGCUACAGAGUAGUUAAAUCUUAUUGUGCCAUUUCAAUUUCUUUAAAAUGAAACAGCAGCAAUUUUGAUUUUUACUUCAGUGGUUGUGCAUGAAAAGCUGAGUGAUUAUUAACAUUAAGUCCUUAAGAAAUUACAUCAGUCAACAGUUGGACAAGCCACAAACACAAGUUACAUGCCAGUUACAUCAGCUGUUGCUGAAUUCAGACAAAUAUUUUUUAUUCAUCGGUAACAAAACAUUAUAUUUUCAUGACAACAUUAAUGAAAGUGAUCCUUCUAUUCUGCAUAGCAAACAUUUCACUCCUUUGUCUCUGAAUUUCAUUGAGAUCUUGAAAUUAAAAGAUGCAUUUACCAUUUGUUUCCAGAUACGAGCAAGGAUCUGUGCUUACAAUUUCUUUAUCUGCUUGAGCUAUAUGUAUUUAUCUUUCUUUUUUUUUUAAUUUUUAAAAUGUAGUUUAGAUGUCCAUUCUUGUUGAUUAGAUUUAAUCUACACUUAAAAUAGCUGCAGUUUCACAAUGCUUACAAAUUUGCCAACAUAUGUUCUGUCUGUUGACAUCAAUAUUGCUGAGUAAAAUUCAUUCAAAAAAUUAUAGAUACCUAUUGUUUUUGUUAUAAAAAUAAACAGAACUUAUGUGACAACCUUUGAAUGAUGAGGUGUUUCAGUAUUUCAGAUGUUGCAGCUUUAUUUUUCCAGAGUUUUUGGUGGCUUGUGUUUAUUUAAAAACUUCCUGAUGAGUUUCUGUUUUUGGCACCAUUUUAUUGUUGGUCAUUAAAAUUUGCUCAAAGAUGCACAGUUGUAACUGGCAUGAACUGCAGUUUCAUCUGUAAUCUCAUCACCAUCAAAACCAUGCAUCUUGUCAAACUUAAAAGAUUCAGUAGAAUCUGCAUUUUUAAACUUUAUAUACUGCAAUUUUUACAAUUUUUAAUAAAGCAUUUACUGUAUAAACAAAAA